CUCCCGGGGCACUGGGUGGCUUUACGCCGAGUCAGGCAGGCAGUAGGCGGUCGGGCGUUGCACAGGGCUGCGUCUGCUUUGUCUUGGACGCGGGAGCAGCCGCCGCCGCGACAUCCGGACGAGCCCGUCUCGGCCAGUUGGAGCACUCCGCCUUGCGGAGGGGGUGCGGGCAUAACCAGCCUGCCUUUAAAGCCCCUACGUCGGACCGUGUAGGACCUAAGCAAGCGGCGGUAGCAAGCCUUGCUAGUAGUGAUGAUCUCACGCGUUCUUCUGGCGGCAGUUUGUGCCAUCCUGGUGAAUGGGGAGGGGAUUGGCAUACUCCAGAAUGAAGCUUCCAGGAGAGAAAACAGAGAAGACUUGACAAAUCUCCAUCUCCGUCCGUCCCCAAAGGCUUUGGCACAUGUGGGAGAGAGAGAUGGUUUGUUAUCCAAAGGAGAUAACUUGAGUGAACUGCCUCAAGUUGCUUUCAUGUCCAAGCCACAAGAUCCUGUCACUCCAAAUAAAGGAGGGAAGAAAAGAAGGAAGGGAAAGGGAAAGAAGAGAGAUCCCUGCUUGGGAAGAUACAAGGAUUUUUGUAUUCAUGGAAAAUGCAAAUAUAUUAAGAAACUUAAAUCUCCAUCUUGUAUAUGCCAGGAAGACUACCAUGGGGAGAGAUGCCAUGCCCUUAGCCUUCCAGUGGAAAACCGCUUUCACAGUUAUGAUCGCACAACUAUCCUGGCAGUUACAGCAGUGAUUCUGUCAUCCCUGUGUCUUAUCAUCAUUGUGGUAUUAUUGAUGCUCAGAUGUCACAAACAAGGAGUAUAUGAUGUAGAGAAUGAAGAAAAGGUUAAAUUGGGCAUCACUGUCAAUCAAUGAACUGUCCAAGAACUGCAAGGUUUUAGCAGUGAAACAAGUUCUACGUUCACAGUCGAAUGGAUAAAACUCUUUCUAGGACAUGCUUAAAGAGGAACUUGUAUGAAUGAAAAAAAAAAAAUUUCAAGGGGAUAAUGCUUUGUUGAAGAAGCAAGUCAUCUCUCUAAAUUGGAAGAGCUCUCUGAGAGAGAGAAGCACAUUUAUUUGUGGAAGACUUGUUCACAACGUGGAGCUAUAUAGCCCAAGAAGAUUUGAGAUUUGUCUUCUUACCAGUGGAAAUGACACUGUCAUGAACCAAGCAAACAAUGAACCAGGAAACUGGAUUCUUCACAAAAUUGCUGAUGAAUACUGCUCUGAAAAACUGUGAAAAACUCUCCUGAAGAGUUCUUGAACUUUAUUUAAUCUGAAAAAAUAUUUAACAAGAGGCUUCAUUUUAAGUUAUAUAUUUAUUUUAGAUACAUUGUACAUGUUAUUUAUUUGAGACAUAAUCCUGUAGUCCUGAAAUCAAAGGGAAAGACAGGAGUAUUGUGCAGUGUACCACUCUAAUAAAUAACCCUUUCUUAUGCUUGCUGGCACUUGAAUCCUGAUUUAGAGAUUAAAAGCGAAAAGCAACUAUUUUUACUGACACAAUUUUAUGAUAUCUAACAUUUGGCCGAAAUAUAUGCAGUGUGGACUAAAAUUCUUAUGGGAAAUCUAUUUGGACCUUGCUUAGAGGUAUAUAUUAAUAAAGUUGGCACUCUGAUUGAAAACUUCAGAGUAUUUCCUCUAGAACAGUUUAAACAAUAUAACUAAUCCUGUUUCUACGGUAUAGGGUUUGUUCAGAUUUCAGUUCUAUUACUGAUGCUUUGGCAAUGCUGAAUUCUGCACUGUGCUUUUUCUAAAGACAUUUUUUGGUCAGUAUGUAAAGUGUUUGAAACUCAAAGCAGAUGUUUUGCUUUAUUCUGAUGUUUUUAUAUUUUAUUGGAUUUCCUUAUCUUGUUAGCUCUGGCAGCAUACAGUCAGAUAGACAGAUAAAUAGAUAGAUAGAUGAUAGAUGUUAGCCAUUCUGGAAGUGUGUUGAGCUCAGAACAUCUCUGUGUUGAGCUUGAAGCAAGUGCUUCGAGUUCCAAAUGAGAGGGGAAGAAACUUGAAGCAUUUCCAGAAUGAACCAAAUGCGUUAAGUACAUCUGUAUUUUUUUGCCAAUGGUAAUGAAUAAACAUUUGGACAUGGGAGGGACAAAUUAAAGUGAUGUUGCUGAAUUUUAAGCAGGAGGUUUACUACUAAGGGGAUAAAAUUGAGUGUUGUCCAUAUCACUUUUGACUCCAGGUAAGGUUCACAUGAGUAAGAAAUAACACAGAAACCAGGGGAAAAAUUCUAAUUUAAGCUGCUUCUUGUUUAUUUUGUAAAUUGCUGAAAAUAUACUUUUUUUUUUUUGCAUGGAUGCAUACAAUUUAGAUAUAAUAUUACCAGAUCAGCUAGAGAUAUCUAAACAGUGGUUUAUCUUACUUGCUAAACUAUAAUUAAGUUAGAUUGGCAUGAAGCCACCUGCUGUGAUAUGUAAACCAUGAUUUAUGGCUUCUCAUGUAGUAUAUACUACAGGGUUUUACUUCUUUUAUGAUUUAUGCUUAAGCUUUAUGCUAAAGCAUUGAACUGAAAGUUUACGUAGCAGAGUGAAACAUUUUUGUAUGACACAUUUUGUAUAACAGCAAAUUAAAAAGGAAAUCUUAAAUUUAUGUGUAUUCUUUCACAUAUAACAUACAGAAGUAGCUGAUAGACAGCAGAUAAGAUGGGGAAGGAUAAAAAAGAGAAAUGAGAAUAUUCCAGGAGUUGGCUUUUGUCUUCCACUCCUAUGUAGUACAAUAUAUCUAAUGUUAGCUUUUGUCUAUUCCUUAUUUCCAUCAACCUUUUUAACCAAUAGGAGUUAAUCAAAUAAACUCAUUUGAAUUACAUAAUUACAAAGAGGCUCUGUAUUUCCCGCAUAGCUAUCAAUUGUAUAGGGUUGAUGUCUUUAGGAUAUCCCAAAUCUCUGCAUUGUUAUCAUCCUACUCAAUCUGUUGGGCUAGUUAGCAACCUCUGAAGUGUUGCCUUGACUAAAGUCGUCUACUAACAUGGCUCAAGUUCUGGGACAUUCCUCCUCCAACUGUAUCAGUUCCAGAGUGUUAGAAGCCCAGCUCUGUCCUCUUUUUAUCCUCCAGUGUGUUCAAAUACUUUCAGUUAGCAGGAUCAUUAUCCUGUUGAACUUUCUUCAUCCAGAAUGCAUUUGUUCUGCUCUUUGUGCAGUUCUUCAAGGAGGGUCACUCAGGAUCUUACUGACAAAGGACUGCAUGCUUCUUAGUAGGAGUUGGCAUCAUGCACAGGCUAAAUGCCUCUUGCACACCAUCUUGGAUCAUGGAUAUCCCAUUCCCAGGGCAUGGAAGGCUGCCACUCUUGCUCAUAAAACUUCAUUAUAAUUUGUUUAAAUUGCUUUUUCUGCUUGUUGUCUUCUUUAGUUUCUGCAUAUUAUGAAACUGUAUCCAGACUGCAGAAAAGCUGCAUCUUGUUGCUUCUCUGUGUUCUUUUUGUUUUGUUCUUCCAUGUGGCUUUUUCAAAUGUUCCGAUUAUCCCAGUUGUGUUGUGGGAAGCACUGAAGCUGCAAAUCUGUCUCUGCUUUUCCCAUUUCCAUGGGCUUUUGACUGAAUGUUCACUUGAUGCAUCUUUUUUCAUUGUGCAAUUGCUUGCUUUAUUCCUAUUAUUCUCAAUACAAGUGCUCAGUAAAACAUCUAAAUACCUUGAAAUUAUACAUUCACCGGCUUUAAACUGAACAGUGAAUCCUUUCGCUAUUAAACUACUUACUCUAAACGUUUUCUCAAUUCUGAAACCUAGGACAUCUUUUACAAUUACAGGAUAAUAGUGGUAUUUCUCCAUGUAUGCAUUUCAAAAUUUCCAGCAUCUUCUACUUUACUGCUGGCCCUAUCAAUAAAAUAAAUCUUUCCUUCAGCAUAUAAUUUUGUAGGUUCAAGAUCAGUUAAUCAAAUGUUCCUGUGUAAAAACCCUGUUCCACACCUCUGUCACUAUACUGUUACAGUAAUUAUUUCUCUUAACUCUUUCUGAACCCCUUUUAAAUGGCUUUGCUUUCAAUACUGAUUUUCCUUUUUUAAAUAUCUAUCUUAGAUUUAAAACAAAUUUCAUCUUUGUUUCUUCAUUCUGAUUAUAAUUUCCUCUCAGCUUCCUUUCCUUGUUGGAACCCAUUUCCUUUUCUUAAGAAACACUAUUGUUAAAGCUGCUUGAGGGAUUUGUUUCUAACAUACUUACAAAGGCACUGGGCAUUUCAGGAAAACCACUGAGAUUUGACUCAGUGACUGCUUUUUUUUCUUUCAUCAAUAUCAUGCAAUAGUUUCACCACCUUUAGCAUUUAUUUAUUUGUUCCCACAUCUCUUUGAUUUUCUAAAAUUUCAUCUUCUAUAGUUCUUUCAGGAAAAAAACCCCUUGCUAUUGAAGUUGUUCUUUCAUACAGCUCCUGUAAAGUUUCCCAUAUGCACUUUGCUCUGUUCUCAUUUCUUUGCAUUUACAGAUUAUCAUUAGCUAAUAGAAGUCUUGACCUGUCUAUUUUUCUUAUCCCAUUUUUCAGAAUUUUCUAAUGAGCUUUCUUAAAUUAUCUUUAGAUACAAGCAUAUAACAGGUUUUUCUCACUUUCUGCUCGGAUUAUGUUCUCCCCAAACCUCGCAUAAAGUGAGACACUGAUGGAACAACAGGAUAUGGUGUCAAAUUUUGGAACCCAAAUGCAUUGAGAAACAUGCUCAUUUUUAGAGCCUUUUCUUAAGGCUAUUCAAACAUUUUCCUCCUUACCAUGUUUUGUGUACAGUUAAAGUAUUUUCUUCAUCUGGAUUUCUAAUGCAUAUGGUUGUUAUGGCAGACAAAGAGAUAGGAUGCAUCGCAGCACUACAUAUUAUAUUAGCAUUCUUUUUAAUGUUGCAACAGUAGAUACACCUAGAUUACAAGUUCAUCCUGGGGUUAAGGAUCCUUCACCAGCUUCAGCACAACACAGUAUGUCCAACUUUGUUUCUGGUGUUAGAUCCUUUUUGUUUUAGUUAAGGGAUUUGGACAAGAUGCUGAUGGUUGUUUUGGCCCCAUAGUAACAAUUGUAGCUACUGCAAGUAUGGAAGUAAGUGGAAGACAGAACACACAACUAGAACUACACAAUACAAUGGUAAAUGUGUGAGCGGGGGCAGAAAGGGGUUUUGGAGAGAGAAUGUUCAAGUGGCUUUGGAUAGGAAUAAACCUAGGCAUGUAUCCAAAUCUUUGGGAAUAAUUGACUAUGCUGGCACAAAUUGCAUAAUAGUGAUUUUUAGUUUUGUGUAAAGCAGAUUUUUAGAUGAAAAUGAUCAAGCAUACAGUAGCAAAAUCACAUAAAGCACGGAAAACCUGUAUACCUCACAUUUUCACAGUUAAUCUGAUUCAUUGACUUACCUAUGCAGUUGUCAGAUCUAUUCUACUGGUCAUAUUUGCUCCUUAAAAAAGUGCUAACAUACAAUCACUCUUUGCUGAAUAUUCCUCUUUUAUAUACGUGUUUCAUCCAGUCAACUUUUAAUCAUCAAAAUAAACUCUCAGAUC